UGCGCUGACGGCCGCGGCCAGAGCGCUCGCAGCCGGGCCUGGGCAGCGGCGGGCGCCGGAGGACCUCGCACAGCGCGUCCGCGGGGGGCUCCGGGGCGGGGGCUGCGGCGGCGGCGAAGCCCCCUCCCCGGGGAGGCGGAGCGGAGCCGGGCGGGCUCCCCGCGGGGAGCGGCGGCCGCCGGGGAGGAUGCAUCAGAAGCUGCUCAAGAGCGCGCAUUACAUCGAGCUGGGCAGCUACCAGUACUGGCCGGUGCUGGUGCCUCGCGGCAUCCGCCUCUACACCUACGAGCAGAUCCCCGUGUCCCUCAAGGACAACCCGUACAUCACCGACGGCUACCGGGCCUACCUGCCCUCCCGGCUGUGCAUCAAAAGUUUGUUUAUUUUAUCUAAUGAGACAGUAAACAUUUGGAGUCAUUUGCUGGGUUUCUUUCUCUUCUUCACACUGGGAAUAUAUGACAUGACAUCUGUGUUACCUUCAGCAAGUGCAUCCAGAGAAGAUUUUGUAAUUUGUUCUAUUUGUCUUUUCUGCUUCCAGGUCUGUAUGCUUUGCUCUGUGGGCUAUCAUCUUUUUUCCUGCCAUCGAUCAGAAAAAACCUGUCGAAGAUGGAUGGCAUUAGAUUAUGCAGGAAUUUCUAUUGGAAUACUGGGCUGCUAUGUCUCUGGAGUAUUUUAUGCAUUUUAUUGUAAUAAUUAUUGGCGGCAGGUGUACCUGAUCACAGUGCUUGCUAUGAUCCUGGCAGUGUUCUUCGCGCAGAUCCAUCCCAGUUACCUCACUCAGCAGUGGCAGAGGCUGCGUUCCAUCAUCUUCUGUUCUGUUUCGGGAUAUGGCGUCAUUCCUACUCUUCACUGGGUUUGGCUCAAUGGAGGCAUAGGUGCUCCUAUUGUACAGGACUUUGCACCCCGUGUUGUUGUGAUGUACGUGAUCGCACUUCUUGCUUUCCUGUUCUACAUUUCCAAAGUCCCAGAGCGGUACUUUCCAGGACAACUAAACUACCUCGGAUCGAGCCACCAAAUCUGGCAUAUCCUUGCAGUAGUGAUGUUAUAUUGGUGGCACCAGUCAACAGUGUACGUCAUGCAGUACAGACACAGCAAGCCUUGCCCCGACUAUGUCUCCCAUUUGUGAAUUCAGGGGUUAACACCAAGAGUCUCUCACAAGUCUCUACUGUUUGGAAGGAAACGGAGCAGCACCAAAUGGGUCUAAUUCGAUGGCCUGGGGCUGUUGGGCCUGAGGUGAGGUGAUGCUCUGCACCACAAGUUCUGUAAAGGGCACGGCACCAAAGUCGUCCAUCUUCAGCGCCUCUGAGCUGUGAAAGGACCCGUGGAGUGAGUUGGGUCUGGGCCACCCGGGCAGCACGGGGUUGUGGUCGGCGCGGAUGUCGCCCAGGCCCUGGUGGGAAGGGUGCCAUGGCACGUCCGGGGGGUGGAAGGGCUUGGCCCCAAACGGGUCCAGCAGACCCUCCUCGGGAGGCAGGACGUUCCCCCUGUCCUUCCCAUCCGUCAGCGCGAUGCUGAUGUUCUCCUUGGAGUCCGAGAUGGUCAGGAACUCGUUGCUGCUCUGCGAGUCGCGGCGGCCCACCUUCUUGUGCCUGCGGGCCCGCUCCGGGGUGCGGUAGGUGGGCUUCACCACCUUCUUCGCGCUGGUGGGCGUGCCGUGGUGCCGCUUCCCGUUACUUUUGGACAAGUCCUGCUUCGUGCGCCUUUGGCGAGAAGAUAGCUUCUGUAAGCUACGCUGCUUGACUUUCUGCUGCUGACUCCCCGUUAUCUCCUCGAAGGGCACCAGGCC